AUGUCAGAGAUCAGUCACAGUAACAGUAGUAGUGAUCAACCGUUGCAUCCUACGCCACUACUGCAGCCACAGGAUCAGUCGUCCUCCUCCAAUGAACUCAUUCACAUGUUGAAAAAAACCACGAAAACAGGCGGUGCGGCUGUGGAUAUCUUGAAAAAUCGAGUGGCAGGCACCUUUCCCUGGAUCAAUACAACAUCGGACAGCAAAGCAAAGCUCGCCACAUCACCCACUUCGUCUGGAUCGGAGGUGACUUCCCCUUCGCCGUCGGUGACCUCCUCUCCCUCUCGUUCUCAACAGGCCCAGCAGCCACCACCGUCCUCCUCUCCGAACAGUUCAAGCCAUCUAUCAAAGAAGUCUCUUUCCGAAAAAUCAUCUCGAAAGCCUUCACCUUUAUUAUUCACUCAAACAUCGUCUCAAAAGAAUCUAUCAGCAACACCAUCUCCCCCUUUAUUAACUGCAUCCACUCGUCAUAGUAAGAAACGUAUACCCUCGAUUCGUAGAAAUAACAAACAUAAUACCUCUUUAGAACCUAAUACUACUACUACUAUUGUACCACUCACCUCUCCUAUCGCACUCAACCCUACCUUCUACGAUUAUAAUACCCAUACCCAUCAUUCUUACGCACUUGCAUCUUCUACUUCACCCUACUUACGCAAAUCCAAAUCAGCAGAGUCAAACGCUGCAACAUUCACUAGCCCCAAAUCAGCACCUAUUUUGAGCUCGAGUCGUUUCUUUUUUACUGCCUCCCCCAACACACCCAGCGGCAAACCAUCCAAUACAGAUGAUCACUAUCAUUUAGAAUCCACAUUAGACGAUGAAAAAAGAAAAGGUACACUAUUUGAGAAAGCAUUCGGGAAGCAACAGAAGGAAGAUGUUGAUGAAAAAGUUUUCAAGGAGGAUAUUGAAGAACGCGGAGAGGACACUGAAGAAGAAGAAGAAGAAGAAAAAGAGGAUAAGGUAAAGGAAGACGAAGAGGAGGGCGAUUUUGUGCCCUAUCUCCCUCACAGCCAGAAACAGGAUGUUGUAAGACGCUAUCACCGUACGCGAUCUCUGUCAGACAGUCUACUUUUUGAUCCUGGCUAUUUGACAACCAUUCAACAGCAACAAAAUACAGAGUGGAAGAAGGAAAGCGAUCCAGGCGGAAAUGAUCUUACCCCUGAGAAACUAAAACGAUCCAACACGAUGACCCUGGGCACCAGCAGCUAUAGCCGCUUGAUGCCUCAUGCCAUCGAUAUGGAUGAUCUUAUCUUCAACGCGGAUGUGUAUGGAAAAGAAGCUUCUACCAUGGUGGAUGGUAGGGACGAAACUGCUCCACAGCGACCCAAGACGAUCAUGAAUGUACAAACUUACCUCAUUUUCGAACGCCUGUUGCAAAAACAACGUCAACUUGAGCAAUAUUACCAACAAGUCAAAUCGAUUGCCGCCGUUUACGAAAAAACAGCCGAUCGUUUAAAGAUGACUUACGAAAACCGAAUGAAGGCAUUUGAACAACUGCAGUCAAAGUCGAGGCGAGUGAUAGAUGAGCAAUCGACUACAGCUCAAAGAUUGAAACACGUCGAAGAUCAUAGUGCUAAGCUUCACUAUGAAUUGAACGUGCUGAAUGACAAGUUGAAAGAAAUUGAAGAGAAUGUAGGCACUUUCUUUGGCAAAGUGGGGGUUCUGGAGAGAAAGAUGGGUGUUUCUGGUGCGAGGACUUCCCCUGCGUCUCCUUCACAAGCAACCACAGGCCAGUCGAGUGCUUCAGCAUCCAUGAUGAUUGUUGGCAAUUACCUCAACCAUUAUUGGACAAAAAUAUCUCAGUGGAUGACUUGGUUGCAACCAAAGGAAUCUUUAUCGCAUGAUCAAAAUCGAAUUGCUGAAAAAGAAGCAAUGGCAAACCCUUUAACAUCAUUACGAACUUCGGCUCGCGAACAUUUACAACGUAGAGGCAGUUUCUAG